CACAAGCGUGUCCUCGGAGCGAGCAUUAGAGGGCUUUCCGAAACCAGCCAAGCCUGCUGCGACCCAACCGAAUCACACGGCUCUUAGGAAGUUUAGAUAGAAAAGCAACAGGCAGAAAGCAUUUUUCUCUUGGCUGGCCGAUAGCUGUGCUUAAGGCAACAUGAAGCCCGUGCCGAGCAGCUUGUUGCUGUCAGUGCUGCUCGUCGUGAGCCACAGGAUGCGGGAGCUGGCGGAGGCGUGCAGCUGUGCCCCCGCGCACCCGCAGCAGCUCAUCUGCGACUCGGCUUUAGUGAUCCGAGCAAAAAUAUCCAGCGAAAAGGUGGUUCCUGCCAGUGAUGAUCCUCGUGAUACCCACAAAAUGAUCCGGUAUGAAAUCAAACAAAUAAAGAUGUUUAAAGGAUUUGAAAAGCUCAAGGAUGUCCAGUAUGUCUAUACCCCUUUUGAUUCAUCACUCUGUGGGGUGAAACUAGAAGCUAACAACAAAAAACAGUAUCUUUUGACAGGCCAAAUUUUAAGUGAUGGCAAAGUCUUCAUCCAUUUAUGCAACUACAUCGAACCAUGGGACGACUUAUCCUUGUCUCAAAAGAAGAGUCUUAAUCAGAGAUAUCAAAUGGGCUGUGGCUGCAAAAUCACUACCUGCUACAUGGUGCCCUGUUCAAUCACUGCACCAAACGAGUGCCUCUGGACAGACUGGCUGAUAGAGAGAAAGCUCUAUGGGCACCAAGCCAAGCACUACGCCUGUAUCAAGAGAAGCGACGGCACUUGCAGCUGGUACCGAGGUGGCCCUCCCCCAGAGAAAGAGUUUAUUGAUAUCAGUGAACCUUAAAGUGAUUGAUUCCUAAAAAGCCUCGCAGUCUAAUUCCAUCAAACACUGCACGCUCCCAGCUUUGAACUGCCAUGGUCUAAUAUAUCUGUUGCUUAGAAGCAAAAACAAAUUGUCCCAUAUGGCUAAAGUAUGAGUCUGUGGAAUUGGUGCUCAUGCAAGAUGAGCAACAAAUGUGGAGGUAGCUACUCUGUCAAGGUGUGUUUGGUACAGAGAGGCUCAAGCUGACAGCGCUCCUCUGUGUCCUCUAAGGCACAACGAUUCCCUUUUACCAAUACGAAUGUACAUGAACAAAAGAAUUGCCAGAAGUUUGUCCUCUCUGUUAACUUGCAGAUUAAGAGAGUCCCAUGUGUUACUCCAAAUCUUUAUGAUGAACUACAGAAUGUUUUAUAGAACUAUUUUUUUCUGUAUGUAAGUCUUCUGAUACAAAAGAAUUAUUGUACAGUGUAUAUGUAAAGUAUUAUAACAACGUGCUAUUAAAAAGAGAAUCAAAAAUCCCUGUAUUUCCUUAUCUGUUGAAACAAGUUGAACACUUCAGUGAUUAAAACAAUCUGUGCUCCAUAUUCUGUAUGUUUCUCAUGUCACAGUGUUCUUUACCUACAGAGUUGUAGCUUUCAUUGAUAACUAAGUUAAAAAACAGCCUUGAUAAUCAAAAUCCUCCUACCUAACUCAAUAUUCCUGUGGAUCAGCUAUACCUUGUUGAAAGAAAAGCCAGAUGUUCUCAUGCUUCAGCAUUUCAUGAACCCAACACAAAUAACAGCAGGCUAAAACUGCUUAUACUUACAGAAUCCAUGACCAUCAUCAUGGUAGCUGCAGUACUUGAUAAUGCCUCUCUGUACAUGUGAGUAGUGCACUGCAUUUCAGCACUGUUAAAAGCCUUGGCUUCAGAAACCCCUAACUUAUACUGCAAGUGGUUUCUAAAAAGCUCUCAACCAUCUGAUUGUAUUUAAUAGUGUACAUUUUCACUAAUGAUCUCUCAGUCAUGAAUACUCCUGGACCUCUGUUACAAUGAAUUUGGUUACUCAUGAACUCAUAUUAGAGAAGUGCUGCCGAGUAUUUUGCCCUCUAGUUUUUUAGUGUCUUAACUUUAGUUACCGACUACUGCAGUCAGUUCAUAAAUCUCACACAUAUUUCAGUUUACAAAAGUAAUUCAAUUCACAGUGGUGAAGCUUAAGAAAUGUUUUCAGUAAAUGCCAAAGUUUAGACAGUUGUCCAUCUGCUUGUAUGCUCAAAACUGGAUGAGAACUGUCACACGGGAUCUGAAUCUGUUAUAGCUGCCAUUUUGGACAUAUUUUACUGUCCAAUUUCCCCCACUGGGUUUCUUUCACUUCAUUCCAAUUUCGGCUAGAAAUUACUCUCAAGUGUUCCUCAUAUGAGCAUUGAGAUCAACAGGCAGAGAUAUAGACUGUUCUGCUCUCAUUGGCUCAGAUCUAUUUAACACAUUCAACUCAUUCCUGCCAACCCCAGUGUGACAGUUCCAGCCUGUGGGCUCACUAGGAAUCAAAGCUGUCACUGUCUAUUGGUUCAAGGGCCCAGUUUUCCAAAUAGUUCAUUUAGUCUGUUUGCUACAGAGUCCUUACAAAAUCAUUGGGAUUAAAGCUAGCAAAAAAGAUAUGCACAUCUUUAAGUGUAUAGGCAUCUCUAACUCCAGUUCAGUUAAGCAGUAGUUAAGACAAUAUUCAGCAUGACCUAUAUAUCUUCUAAUAAUCUAAGCUAUAUAGUGCUGGAUACAUAGUGUAUUCUUGCAAAAAAACCCAUGUAUAAAUUAUUUUGUGACAUAUUCUGUUGAUGUUUCUAAUGCUUCUUUUGACAAUUCAUGAAUCCAUGUUUCAAGGACAGUUUUGAAAACAUGCUUGUGAGAAUAUUUACUUUUUUUGUUGUUAAAUUGAUGCCAUUCCAAGGAAGUGCAAAUGGUGCAAGGCCAACAGGAAAGCACACCAUUAUUCCUUUGAGGAAUACAUGUCCCUUAGCAGCCAAUGUUUCAUUUUGUCUUUACUGUAAAUCAGUUUUGCUGUUUUAUUUUACAAUGCUGUAUUAAAACACCAUAUAUUUGUGUUACCAAAUAUAAAGCCUAGCUUGUUUGAUGCUUUGCAAAAGACAAAAAAGUACCUAACACUGAUUUGGACUCUAGACUUGUCAUGGUUACUUACAGAAAUGAAAUUAAAAGGCUAUAAUUCUUCCAAAAAGGUACUGAUAUUUCAGAGACUAUGUUGGCAAUGCUAUUUACUGUCAGGGCUGUGCACUUCUACUACCAAUUUCCAGAAAAGAGUUGAAAAUCAGGCCUUAUUUCCUUAUGUCAAACCAAAACAAUUCCUAGACAGGCUUGCAAGAGCUUAAUAACCACACAGUCUGAAUCAAGCAUGUGGCUAAUUAAUAUUCAGUACAUGUACUGUGCAGCACUUGUUUCCAAACUCAUUUUGAUGUAAUGGUGUCUUUUCAGUAGCACUCUGCAGCAGAUAUUUUCUGCUUUUUAAUUCAACAUAGUUCUGUUAAUAUUUAUUUUAUAGUAAUUAGUCCUUCAAGUCAGCUAACCCAGCCCAGAUUGCCUUCUUUAUGUACCUUGUAAAAACAAAUGUGUUCUUCAAUAUUUAUGAACAAACUGCAAUAUGAAUUGUGUAACAUAAUUAGUUUAAAAAAAACCAUUUUCUAUUUCACCUGCCAUAAAAUAUUCCAAAUGAGGUGUUUGAAAAUUAAUGGCUGGCUGUCUACGUUGAUCUCUGUCUGAGCAUCAAUCUGAUCGAACUUCCCACAGCUGAUGGUACAAAGAUUUUGGUUUUUCCUCACAUCAAUAAAUAUGGCAAGAAAAGCUUUACAAAAAAACCCCUCUCAGAAUCAGUCUUUAUUCUCCCUGAGAUUCAGCACUGAAAAAGAUUAUGGGAAGGAUUAACUACAACGUGGCAUUCCAAACAUGGUAUUUCCCUAUCAAGAUUUUCACUGCAGUGGCAUUGAGCUAUUAUCAACAGCAGAUUAUUUUUGCAUUUUCAUUUUAAUCCUUGAAACUGUGUAUAUGUUAUACAAAAGAUUAGAGCAGAAAUAUAGCCUGCUACAAUAUUUGUUGAUGUGAAAAAGACUCACAUGACUUAUAGUAAGAGUAGGGAAAAGAAUAGAGAAGAGAGACCUUUCAGGUGAACUGUGGAAAAAACACCACCUUGCAUAUUGCUGGCUUUUUCUCAACAUUCCAGUUAAGUUUUAAUUAAACUGUCCAACAAUUAUGUUGAAAAAGCCACUUGGGUUUUUUUUUCAUGGCAGAGAACAGAGAGAGAGGUGGGAAUGUAGUGAAAUAAGGGGAACUAAUUACUGAGGGAAAGGCUGUAGAAAUGACUCAACUAGCAACGAGUUCAAAAAGCCUUACGGUGUUUUGUACAGUUUUAAUCAGUCUGAGAUGAAUGUUUCUGUUUCAAAAAGUGUUUCAU